AUGAAGUUUAGCGCGCUUUUAUUUGUUGUAGUUGCUGCUGUGUUGGGAUGCACUUCAGCAUUCGCCCAGGAUGUUGAUGGCGGUUCCGUAUGCGCUGGUGACAUACCAGAUGUCGAAGAACUUUCUGUUAGGCCUAAUUUAGCGGGAAAAUGGAUAUCUUCAGAGUGCGAAACCAGGCCUGGUGCCAAAUUUGUUCUGCGCUCUUACGAGUUCCAGCAAAACUUUUCGUUCACUCUAGACCUGCACCACUAUCGAGAUGAAUGGUGCAGCACGCCCAUGUUUUCGGCCAGAGCAAUGGGUGCCAUCACCGACGAUUCUUUUAUCAUCUUCGAAGUCAAAACCAUUCCUCAUAAUGCUUUAGUUGCUAGAGAAGUCCAGGAAAAGGUCAACAAGGCUUGUCCAGGAUUUUCGUCACGACACUGGCGAGCUAACCGUGAAUAUAUUCUGCAAGGAGGCAAACAUCGUUCUCAGAACACAAAUUACCAUACGUCGAAGAGGUCGAGGUCCAACUACUUCGAUUGUGCUCAUGCAUUGAAUUUACAAUUUGGUGAAUUUUCAAAAAUUCGCAUACAAAAAAUCGAGAACAAGUUAGAACUUCUAUUAGCUGAUAUCCCACAAAGUGGUUCCACCACCAAACCCAAAGGUUACCAACUGCCUUUAGUGAAGAUCUACGAUGGUAAGGUAUCGACCAGUGAAGUCAUUAAAAGUUCAUCAUUGACUGCUGACAAUAUUUUGCUGGAUCUUUUUGAACCUGCUCUGAUUACACCGGAUCCUGCUGGUUAUGGACAAGAUGCUUUUGUGCAUAUCAUGAGGUCUAAGAAAAGAAAUACUUCGGUGUAUCCAAGUAUGGAUAAUAAAAAGUUGUUUAAAAAUUGUGCAAUUUGUGAGAUUAUCAGCCGUUCUUCAAUAGCUUCACCUCCUUAUUUACCGACCAGGCCAAAGUUGCCAGUGUAUUUGACUGGACACUGGACAUCCAGGCGUUGUGAAAGUCAUCCAAACGGUGGAUACACUAUUAGGCAAUUUGAAUUCAGAGAACAAAAUCGUAAGUUUCAUGCAAAAUUACGUUACUUUGAAGAUCAUAGAUGCGAAAAUGCUUUAUACACCCUGCAAUUGCGUGGAGAAUAUUAUUUAGGCAUGUACAAUUCUUUAUUAAGAGGAAGUACUGACGUAGACUUUUAUACUCAUAAAACUAUCAUCACUAUACAUGACGAAGGUUUAUUAGAAGGCGUCAACAAUCAACUUCGAGGUAUUCUAGAUAGGCGCCCAAAAAUCCAAGAAUUUCGUCAACAAUUUUACGCAUUCCAGUCGAUUUUUGCUCGCAAUGUCAAGUAUUGCGAUGAAGAAUUGUAUGAAUUGGACGUGCCCAUAGUUCACGCACGAACGAAUUGCAAAAUCUACGGAUUAGAAAAUUCAUUUUUUGCCAAAAAUGUGCUGAAAUUAGAAGUAGAUAUGUAUGGAACCACGCUUUUGUCUAUGGGCAAGUUGGGGGUUACUUUUGCAAACGAUAUCAUACACGAAGUGGAACAAUUUAGGCACCCAAGUUUUAGCAGUUAUAGCAAUGUGAUUGAUAGGGCUUCUUCUUAUGGAAUGCCUUUAGAACAUUGUGAAAAUGUUGAAGCUAACUUGGAGCAACAAUUUCUUGGCAUCAGCUCAGGAAGCAACCUGAGGCUGAAUGCUGUUUUAAUUCUGCUUUGUGCUGUGAUAUUUUUAAAUUAA